UAUUUCUCUCCAUCUGGGAAGCCAUCUGGGAAGAAAGGAAGAGAAUACAGACCCAUCGCCGCCGCCGCCGCCGCCGCCGGCGGCUGCCGGAGUGUCCGCCGCUCUCGCUGCCGCCUCUCCACUCUCGCCACCUCGCCGUCGCAGAGAGAGAGAGAGAGAGAGAGAGAGAGAGAGAGAGAGAGAGUUUUCUUCUUCUUCUUCAAUCUGUCCACUCUGCACAUCGGGAUGUCCAACCAACAACUUCUACACAUAAGUGAUGUACAGUUAUGUGGAAACUAUAAAAAUUUCCCAAACGGAUUGAGAUGGUUGUGUUGGCCUCAUUUCCCUUUACAAAUGAUCCCUAGCAAUUUCCCGUUGGACAGGGUGGUUGCUCUGGAGAUGCCUCAUACUUGCUUGAAAAAGAUGUUGAACGGAACCAAGUGCCUCGUAUUACUGAAAAUUCUUGAUCUAAGUCAUUCCUAUAACCUUUUGGAGGCACCUGAUUUCUCAUUGCUGCCUAAUCUGGUGAGGCAUAUACUUGAACAUUGUACAAGGUUGGUUAAGGUUAAUGAAUCAAUUGGAGACCUAGAAAGAUUUGUUAUCUUGAACUUGAGGAAUUGUCAAAACCUGAAGAAGCUUCCAAAAACUGUUUCUAAGCUAAAAUCUCUUGCAAUACUUGACAUUUCUGGUUGCUUAAAUCUUGAAAAUUUCCCCUCAGAGCUUGAGAAUAUGGAUUCUCUGAAAGUGCUUUGUGCAGAUGGAACUGCAUUAAAUCAAUUUUUCUCUACCACUCUGGAGGUUGAAGCUUGGCAUUUGUCUAUAUGGCCUUGGCCUUUGAAUUUAAGACGGUCUCCAGAAAUUUCAUGCGUUUCUUUUUCAGUCUUUGGUACACUUAAGUCUUGCAAAUUGCAAUUUGUCUGAUGACAGUUUCCCUUGGGAAUUUGGCAACCUAUCAUUGUUGCAGGUGUUAAAUUUGAGCAAUAAUCCAAUUUGUGGCCUCCUCAAUUUCAUCAGGGAUCUUGCUGGUCUCCAGGUUCUGUUGUUAGAAGAUUGCCCGAAGCUUCAGUUGCUUAAUGGACUGUAGCAAAAUAUAAAAAGACUGGGGACCUCAGGAAGUAAAUUCUUGGAAAAAAAAUAAGCUUUGAAUCACUAGACUACCGUCCAAAGGGGUUAACUUUUGGUAAUUGUAUCGGUCUAGUUGAGAUUGCAGGCACAUUCAAUUUACAACCCCUUAAAAGUGUUGAUGCAGAGCUGAUUAUCAAUCUGGGCUUAUGCAAGUUUGGAACCUUUGAUAAACUACAUGUAGAUCUUAGUUCACACUUUUUUUCCAAGAAAAAAUGGGAUGUUGCCUCCCCAGGCAAACAAUAUUCCUGAGGUUCAAUCUUAAGAAGAUAGGAUCCUCAAUAUCUUUUACGAUGCCUUCUGAAUGCUAAUUUCUGAAUUCAAGGCUUGUCCAUGUGUUCGGUUUAUGCACUUUCCAACUCUUCCCAAGUUCCAUAUUAUUGGUCAGGUCGCCCGUGCUUUCACACAAUUAUCAGUAACACAACCAAGCAUUUGAAAUGGACCUUUUGUCCAAGAUUAUAUGGCAUCCCAGUAGCUGAUGAGGAUUUCUUGUGGUUAAGUUAUUGGAAUUUUGUGAUCUAUUGGAAGGUGGCGACGAGAUGAAUGUUUCAAUUGUUACAUGUCAACUUUUUCAAGUGAACGUGGUUGGUGUCCACCUUAUGUAAAAAGGAAGCACGGGAAAAGAGGAGUACCCAGUCUACCAGUACUCUAGAAGUUGCCCAACUAGCCUCCAUCCCUAUGCGAGGAUUCUGCAAUCUUCACAAAAAUAUAAGUUACCCAGUUGUGUUGCACGAAUAUUUAGCCAUUAAAUGAAUUUUCCUUUUAAAAAAAUGUUUUUUUUAGCAUCAAGCUACUAAUCAUUUCCUUUUACAUUACUGGGAAGGCCUAUCAGUCAGUCAAAAUGCCAUAAGAGGCCUGAAAGAAAUUUAUAGUUUGUUGGAAAAGAGACCCGUUUGGUGAGUGUUGUAUUCUUUAGGCUUCAUGUAGUUAUUGAGACGAUAUGUUUGUUAUUGAGUUGUUUUGGAAGCCCAUCUAUACAAUGGCUAACUAUUUAGAGUUUGUGUAAAAAGUGGUCCAGUUGUUCAGUUACUACCACGUUUGUAACCAUAUUUUUGAUAUAGUGAAAUAUCUCUGCCUCCCUGUGGCUGUGGGAUGUAGGUUUGAGUUUGGACCGAACCACAAAA